CAAGACGACACGCAAGACGAUAACAGCGACGCUUCGUCCACACCUUCGUCCCGCUCCAUGGAGCUCCCUCGAUUCGCCAUGCGCCCUAGCGACCCUCACGGCGCUUCCAUGGCCUCCUAUCCAUCGCCCGACGGCUCCUGGUGCCCGGAGUUCCAUCCUACGCGCGCCGAGUUCGAGUCGUUCGCCACGUACAUCCGCACAGUCGUCGAGCCUCAGUGCGCCAAAAUCGGUAUUUGCAAGAUAAUUCCUCCGCGCGGAUGGUUCAGUCGCUCGUACGACAUCUCGCAGCUACAGUGCCAGGUAUCAGCCCCCGUGAGUCAGCACGUGGCCGGCAGGAAGGGUAUUUUCAAUGUAGACCUCGUGGAGCGGAAGACGAUGAGCCCCGCAGAGUUCCAGAGCAUGGCAGAAGCGACCACGGACAAGGAACCCGAGGAUACGGAUGAUCCGAUGGAAGUGGAGCGCCGGUUCUGGAAGGGGCUGAGAGGAACCAUGGACCCUCCGGUAUAUGGAGCGGAUAUUGUGGCUUCGCUGUUUGGUGAUGCUGAUGCACUGUCGUGGAACCUAAAUGACCUCAACACUAUUCUGCGCAAAAUCGACUUGCCAGGGGAAGACAUGGAUCUCUACAGCAUCAACUACGUGCACACAGGAAAACCCAAGUUUUGGUAUGGCGUGCCCCCAGAUGCUGGCUUCAAUAUUGCAGAGGCAGUCAAUUUUGCCUCGCUGCUAUGGAUCCCGUAUGGACUGAAAGCCAAGGUCUGCAAGUGCCUUCCUGAUAGCGUGCGGAUUGACAUGGACUCGUUCAUGACGAAGCUAUUUGAAGAACCUCAGUGCAGCCCUGAGCUCUUGGGCGAAGAUCCCUGGGUCUUCAGCUGCAAGUGCCACAAGUACUGUAGCAGUCAGAACCCCGAUGCCGAAGUGGAGGAGCAAUGGUUUGAGUGCUCAAAGUGCAAGAUUUGGGCCCACGUUCGCUGCAUUCACCCCGACCUCGCCGGCAAAGCAGCCGAAGAUCUCCCUCAGUCGUUGCUUUGCCACCGAUGCAUCGCUGAAGCCGCCGGUGUCAAACCUCGCAGUUUAUCAAGCGGUGGACUUGGAAAAAGGAGCGGAACAGCAUCAAAGAGCGGAGUGCGCAGCUGUCUAGGCAAGCGGAAGAAGGAAGCAGCAGUUUGUUCCAAGAAGAAGUCGGCGAAGGUACCAGUCUCCGCCGUCAUGCUGUCACCACCGAAAAAAGCGAAGGCCACUAAUCAAUCGGGCGUCGGCACGCCCAAAAGCGCAACGAAGGACCGAGGUGCAGUUCGCAAGUAUCUUACAGUCAAAGGCUCGACGAUCCGGUUCGUGGACACCGAGGCGAAGGUUGCGGCCGUGGAGGGCAAGUACAUUCGCGUUCAUUACAAGGUAAGCAGCUUCAGCUGGCUCCAAUCCUACAAAUGUAGAACAGCGAUCUCAACCAUAUUCUACCGGGUUUUUUUCACAGGGCGAGUCAGCAGACAACGACGACACGAAAUGGUCCGCCCCGGGGGCAAAGAUGUCUCGGUGGGCGAGUUCGACCCCGUCUCGGGGCUCACGCACAUCACGCACCAGCGCGGGCGUUUGCUGUUCAACAUGGGCGCGAGCACGAAAAAGCGGCAGCGGCGAGAGGCCCCACAGCCGCCAGCAGUCGCGGCCAAGGCGGCGCCCCCUCCUCCGACGUCGACAGGCGCCUUCACGGGGCUGUCGCUCUACCCGGAGGAGGCCAACUACCUGCUGCAGCGAGGGGCGCUAGCCAUCAUCUACCUGCUGUCACCGGGGGAUGAAGACGCCAGGGAGCUGAGCGUGGCCGAGUUUACCGCUCUGCUGGCGAGGGACCCGCGCGUGUCGCUCGCCUCCAUGCAGGUCUACGCAUUCCUCAAGGACCAGAAGCUGCACCCGCGUCGGUGUCUCGAGCCAAUUGCUGCUGCUGAAGCAGCUUCAAGCAGCGAGGACGGUCGCAGUGUGCCUCGACAUUUCGUGGCGGGCGAGCCAUGCGACGUCGCGUUCGAUGUCUGGAAGACGGUGGCAGUCGAUACUUCGGCUGUUACGGCUACGAAGACCAAGAAGCAGAAGCAGAGGAAGAAGCUGGUGCUGGUCUUCCGCGCGGUGGUGUGCCGCUUCGGAGACCCGGCGCCAGGUCCGCGCAGCCUUCGCCAGGCCAUCGCGAGCAGCAACGCGCGCGGCUGCGACGAAGCUUCGACCGGUGCGGACUCGGGUUGCAGUGCGCUGCUGGCGUGCGUCCAAAUUCCGGUCAAGCUGGCCGUGGUCCACCACGAUCAGAGCGUGCUGCUCUUCGAGAUCAGCAGCAGCAACCCAGCGGUACCCAACUAA